CUGCGCUAAAGGUGUUUCUUCGCGGUGCCACGGAGUCGCGUUAAUAUGACGCAGAGUAGUAGGCGGUGUGAUGAGUCUGACGGGGUCCUGUUGUUGUAAGAGGCGGCUCUGGGGCUGGAGUUGCCAACGGCUGGCGGUGGUUGAAGGCGCCUGGGGCCGGUCAUGGCGCUGAGGCCUGACCCAGGGGGAAGAUGAAUAAGGGCUGGCUAGAGCUGGAGAGCGACCCCGGGCUCUUCACACUCUUAGUGGAGGAUUUUGGUGUUAAGGGGGUCCAAGUCGAAGAAAUCUAUGAUCUACAGAGCAAAUGUCAAGGACCAGUCUAUGGGUUCAUAUUCCUCUUCAAAUGGAUUGAAGAGCGUCGGUCUCGGCGGAAGGUCUCUACUCUGGUGGAUGAGACAUCGGUGAUUGAUGAUGAUAUUGUCAAUAACAUGUUCUUUGCUCAUCAGCUCAUUCCCAAUUCUUGUGCCACACAUGCCUUGUUGAGUGUCCUCCUGAACUGCAGCAGCGUGGACCUGGGGCCAACUCUGAGCCGAAUGAAAGAGUUCACCAAAGGGUUCAGUCCAGAGAGUAAAGGCUAUGCCAUUGGAAAUGCCCCAGAACUGGCCAAGGCGCAUAACAGCCAUGCUAGGCCAGAACCCCGGCACUUGCCAGAAAAACAGAAUGGGAUCAGUGCUGUGCGGACCAUGGAGGCUUUUCACUUUGUCAGCUAUGUUCCUAUCAAAGGGCGACUCUUUGAACUGGAUGGCCUGAAGGUUUAUCCCAUUGAUCAUGGGCCCUGGGCUGAAGAUGAGGAAUGGACAGACAAAGCCAGAAGAGUUAUCAUGGAGAGGAUUGGACUUGCCACAGCAGGGGAGCCAUAUCAUGACAUCCGCUUUAACUUGAUGGCAGUGGUGCCUGACAGGAGGGUGAAAUAUGAAUCCAAGCUGCAUAUCUUGAAGAUGAAUAGGCAAACUGUAUUGGAGGCUUUGCAGCAGCUAAUCCGAGUGACUCAGCCAGAGCUAGUCCAUACCCAGAAAUCCCAGGAUCCCCAGGUUUCUGAGGAGCCCAAGUCAGCUAACAGCAAGAUCCCUGCUGCACUGGAGCUGGGGAGAGUUCAACUGGUCGCAGAAAGCUCACAGGCAGACAAUACGGAGGAUUCCACAGGCCAGGAUCAGCCUGCCUCAACUCGGAGUCCCCUGAGCAAGUCCAAGGUGGGCCCUAGGCCACCUGUGAGCAGUAUCAAUGGGGCACUGGCAAACCCCAGUCCCAUUGUGCAGAGACUGCCAGCUUUCCUGGAUAACCACAACUAUGCUAAAUCACCCAUGCAGGAGGAAGAAGACCUUGCAGCCGGAGUGGGCCGAAGCCGGGUCUCAGUGCGGCAGCAUCAGCAGUACUCAGACGAUGAGGAUGAUUAUGAUGAGGAGGAAGAGGAGGAAGUUUGCAGUGCCAAUCCUGCCAUGAGAUACAAGAGGAAGGGGCAGGUGGCACAGGAGCACUUGGUGGGGAGUGCAGAUGGCCAGCUCUCCAUACUCCAGCCCAACACCAUCAAUGUCCUGGCCGAGAAGCUCAAGGAAACUCAGAAGGAUCUCUCCAUUCCUCUGUCUAUUAAGACCAGCAGUGGUGGCGCUGCAGUUGCCGUAGUUGCCCAUUCCCAGCCAUCUCCGACACCCAGCAACGAGAGCACAGACACUGCAUCAGAGAUUGGGAGUGCCUUCAAUUCACCGCUUCGCUCCCCCAUCCGCUCAGCCAAUCCCACUCGCCCCUCCAGCCCUGUCACCUCUCACAUCUCCAAGGUGCUAUUUGGGGAAGAAGAUGGCCUGAUUCGUGUGGACUGUAUGCGCUACAAUCGGGCUGUGAGGGAUUUGGGGCCAAUAAUCAGCACAGGCUUGCUGCACCUCUCAGAAGAUGGAGUUUUCUGCCCACUGACUAUUACAGAUGGUGGAAAAAGCUCCUCCCCUUCCAGCAAAUCAAGUGAAGAGGUCCAGUCCACUGUCAAACUAGAGGGGAGAGACUCAAAUGAACCAAAUGAUAGCAAGGAGAAGGCUGGAUUGAGCCGAGCUAGUGAUCAGCCUUGUGGGGAAAAGUAUUCUCCCAAAGAGCUGCUGGCGCUGCUGAAGUGUGUGGAAGCUGAAAUCGCUAAUUAUGAAGCCUGCUUAAAGGAGGAGGUAGAGAAAAGAAAAAAGUUCAAGAUUGAUGACCAGCGAAGAACUCACAAUUAUGAUGAGUUCAUUUGCACCUUUAUCUCCAUGCUGGCACAAGAAGGAAUGCUGGCUAGUCUUGUAGAGCAAAACAUCUCUGUACGUAGACGGCAAGGAGUUAGCAUUGGGCGUCUCCACAAACAACGGAAGCCUGACCGGCGGAAACGUUCCCGGCCAUACAAAGCCAAGCGUCAAUAGCAACAGCUUCUGGACAGUCCUUGGUGUGCACUGCUCACUGUCUGAUCGACUUGUGCAAGUUCCAGGCACUUCCGUAGGAACUGGGCAGUACUGAGGAAUGGGGCUUUGCACUGAACUCUUUUGCUCAAACCAUCAGUGUUAGUAAGAUGUUGCACAUGAAUCCACCUGCAUCCAACUGGCUUUCAAUGUUCCCCAAGGAGUGGUUGUCUUGUAGGCAUUCCAACAUUUGAAGGACCAGGCCCAGUUGAGGGACCUGCUGAUACAGCAUUUGAAUCUGCUGCUUGGCAUCCUAAAUCCACCUGCAGUAUAUCUUGCAGGAGCCAGUGAUAUUCUGUAUAGGGGUUGUUUAGAAGGGGAUAAGCCAAAUGUCAGCUGUCCUCUGGAAGGGUAUUGCACCUGCAGUUAGUGCAAUGUUGGUUCACUUUUCCCGGAGAGGGGAGAUUACUUCUAUAUAUGGUUCCCUGCAGGUGCUUUUGGCUCUGCACUUUGCUGGGAGGUUGACUUCCUGUCUUCUGUAUUAAAGUGUAUAUUUUUGUUCUGA